GUCCCUCAUGCGACAGUAUGCUCACGAACCUUCCUGAAGACAUCCUCCUCGAUGUUCUCCUCUACCUCGGUGUCCCCGAUAUCCUAGCGUUGCGCAAGACGUGUCGCGCCCUACAUGCAUUCGGUGGCAACGAUUAUAUCUGGCAUCGUUUGGCCGCCUCGUUUCCGCUGCCCCUCGACCUGCCGUUCAACACCUCCCCCUCGGUGCUCCCCGGGGACGAGCUGCAGCGGCUCGCGAUCCGGGCGUUCCGCUUGGAUGCGAACUGGCGAAGCCCUCGGACGCGUAUCCGCAGGGUGCGCGCACUCAUCGAGGACAAGGGCCAAUAUGUCGACCAGAUGCAGUUCCUCCCGGGAGGAAGGUGGCUCUGGACCGCGCAGCGGACACUCAAGCGCGAGUCGUGGUACACGCGCAUGAGCCUCUGGAAUCUCGAAGAUCUGUCGAAUUCGCAUAGGGUGUGGUCGACUGAGAUCUCCGGGAUUUACCGCAGUUGUACCCUCGUUCAGAGCAGCGAGGGCGACUUCGCGACGCUAGUUGUCGGAGUGUGUGAUUCACGAGAAGUUAUCGAAGUGCAUUCCAUCUCCCUACAAGACAAGCAAAACAUGCAGUACGGCAUAUACCCCGCAUACCCUCCCGUGAAGUCAAAACAGCUGCAGAUUGUACCGCACCCUCGCGCACCGCAUCUCCGCCCCAUCAUCCACGAAAUUGCAGCACACGACCGGUUAUUGAUCGUCACCAUAUUCGCUUUGGACACCGGAGGGGGAGCCGGGUCGCUGCAGAUUCUCUUCGUCAAUCCCGAAACGGGUGCUACUAAAUGGGUUGAUCCUCGGUUCGCUCAGUCAUUCUCCUUCUUGUGGAUCCGUGUAUGGGGCGACUAUCUCUUUUUGGUUGGGGAGGUGAACGACGAUUUCGCCGUGCGGGUGUACCGGAUCCCUAACCCGUUCUCGACGCCUACAAAUGGCAGCCCUCGUGCGAGCCCUCCAGCAGCCACCGAUCCCGCCGACGAUCCCGAAGAUGACUACGCGUACACAGACCUGGGGCCCAUGAUCUCCGAAUUCACCGGACCCACACCCAUGGCGGUGCCUGGCCACCAUAUUGCCCAAGUCUCUCCCGCGACGUCCACCCCCAGCCUCGCUGCGGUGAUGUUCUACCACUCAGUCCAUCCGCACAGCGCCCAGCUUCUCCGGUUCUCGUUCGACGUCGUAUCGGAAACCGUCUCCCUCGCCGGCAUGUCGUCGAAAGACUUUCCCAUUGGCGACGAGUCGUCGGCGCAGCUCGCGCAGGUGGGUGCUCUGGGCAUCCGGGGAGUGUGGCUGGAACACAACUGGGAGACGCAGCUGAAUCGGGUGAUGAAGCUAGCCUACGACCCCCACACCGGUACGGCGAAGGUGGGGAUGCUCCUCCCGCCGGACCCCGAGCUACCGUUUACGCCGAAUAUGUGUCACUCCUUGGCUUUCGACGAGGUUACGGGGAGGCUCUGCCUGGGGAUGUAUGAUGGCGACGUUUAUAUCCUAGACUUUGUAUGAUCUCAUUUAUUAAAAAGUCGGGCACUAUAGUUCUGACCGGUUAGUUUCAUAUGUUUUGGCAUAGACACUAGUAUAUAUCGCUACACACUAUUGGGUUCUAUGACAGUGCGCGUU